AUGCCCGACAUGAUCAGGGACUCACCUUUCGGCUUGUUCAUGCACGCCGUCUCGCGCGGCAAGCUCUUCCGGCAUCCAGAAGAGCAACCAGGCUACGUCGUUCCCAGCAAGUACCUCCGACACUCUGGCGACAACAGCGACCGCAGUAGCGCGCGCUCAUCCGAAUCAACUCUCGCCAACACCAACCGACCAUCCGUCGACGCUGCGACUCUUGUCGGCGCCGACCAGCCCGUCAAGCGAAAAUCGCCUACCGAGCAGGAGAAGCGGGAUCGGGACGAGUGGACGGGCGAGAAGCGACAGCAGCGCGAGCGGGAUCUCGAGGCGGCGGAUGACGAGAACGAGGAGGAGCAGCAGCGAAGACAGAAGGAGCGGGAUAACCACCCUGGGACGGCUGAUCCCCAGCGGGCGUACAAGGAGGGUUUGAUCGACAAGUACCAGUACCUCGUCGACUUUGAGGAGAAUGACCCGGGCAACCCUCUGAACUGGUCACCCUGGAAAAAGCACUUUGCCGCCUUCCAGAUCGCCAUGAUGACCACCGUUGUGUACAUCGGCAGUGCUAUCUACACGCCGUCUGAGCAGAACCUUAGCGAAGUGUACGGCGUGUCCGAGACGGUCACCGUGCUCGGCCUGACGCUCUUCAUCUUGGGUUACGGCACCGGACCGAUGUUCUUCUCGCCACUCCAGGAGACGCCUCACCUCGGCCGCAACCCGGUCUACUGGGCUGCGCUCUUCCUCUUCGUCCUCCUCCAGAUCCCCAUCCUCCUUCCGACAAACCUCACCUGCAUCUUCAUCUUCCGUUUCCUCUCCGGCUUCUUCGGUUCGCCCAUCCUCGCAACCGGCGGCGCAAGCAUGGGCGACCUCUACGUCCCUCGACAGCUCCCUUACGCGAUGGGCGGCUGGGCAGUCGGCGCUGUUCUUGGUCCGAUCAUGGGUCCCGUCGUCGCCGCUUUUGCCGUCCAGGCGAACGGUUGGAAGUGGUCGAUUCUCGAGUUGGUGUGGAUGUCCGGCUUCGGUCUCCUGUUCUUCACCUUCCUCCUGCCCGAGACCUACGCCCCAACCAUCCUCCUCCGCCGCGCCGAGCGCCUCCGCAAACUCACCGGCAACGAGCUCCUGAAGACCCGCUGGGAGCUUGAGAACCCGCACGGCGUCUCGCUUCUCAAGGUUGGCGCGAAGCAGAUCGGUCUCGCGUUCCGUCUCGCGGUCGAGCCCGCAAUUGGCUACGCGAACCUGUACAUCGGGCUGAUCUACGCCGUCUUCUACCUUUGGUUCGAGGCCUUUCCAAUCGUCUUCGCCGAGUACCACGGCUUCAGUCUCGGCCUCUCCGUGCUUCCCUUCCUCGGCUUCCUCGUCACGGGCGCCUUGACGCUCCUCGGGUACUGCCUCUACCACAAGUACUACUUCAUCCCGAAGCAAGACCGCGAGGACUGGAAGACCCCGCCCGAGCAGCGCCUCAAGCUCGUGCUCAUCGCGACGCCCAUGAUCCCCAUCUCGCUCUUCAUCUUCGGCUGGACCGGUAACAGCCCUAGCACGCACUGGAUUGGCCCGACUAUCGGUGCCGCGCUGUACUUCCCUGGCGUUUUCUGCGCGUUCCAGUGUAUCCUACUUUACCUCCAGCAAGGAUACCCCUCCGUCACUGCGUCCAUCCUCGCAGGAAAUGACCUGUUCAGGUCCUGCAUGGCCGCUGGCUUCCCCCUCUUCGGCCGCGCCUUCUUCACCAACCUCGGCGUCGGACCUGCCUCGUCGCUUCUCGCCGGAUUGAACAUCGUUUUCAUCAUCCCUCUUUGGGGUCUAUACCUCUACGGCGACCGCCUCCGCAAGCGCAGCAAGUUCGGCCAGUCCUAG